CAGAGCCAAGAGGUCUCACCACUGCCCACAUUGUGAGGAGAUUUUCCCAAUUCUAUCAAAGCUGAAAAUACACCUAAAAAUACAUACAGGAGAGAAUCUGUAUUUCUGCACUGACUGUGGGAAGAAUUUCACAACAUCAAUGGCUAUGACAGUUCAUCAGAGAGUACACACAGGAGAGAAGCCUUACUCCUGCUCUGACUGUAGGAAGAGUUUCUCUCAAUCGAGCCACCUAAAACAACAUGAACAUAUACACACAGGAGAGAAGCCUUACUCCUGCUCUGUCUGUGGAAAUAGUUUCUCUGUACGAGGACAUCUAAAAUAACAUGAACGUAUACACACAGGAGAGAAGCUUUACUCCUGCUCUGACUGUGGAAAAUGCUUCACACAAUCGUCUCAGCUAAAAGUUCACCAGAGAACACACACAGGAGAGAAGCCUUACUCCUGCUCUGACUGUGGAAAAUGCUUCACAACAUCAACUGAGCUAAAGGUUCAUCAGAGAACACACACAGGAGAGAAGCCUUGCUCCUGCUCUGACUGUGGAAAAUGCUUCACAACAUCAACUGAGCUAAAAGUUCAUCAGAGAACACACACAGGAGAGAAGCCUUACUUCUGCUCUGACUGUAGGGCGAGUUUCUCUCAAUCGAGCCACCUAAAACGACAUGAACGUAUACACACAGGAGAGAAGCCUUACUACUGCUCUGACUGUGGAAAAUGUUUUAAAUCAUCAGCUGAGCUAAACGGUCAUCAGAGAACACACACCGGAGAGAAGCCUUUCUUCUGAUCUGACUGUGGGAAGAGCUUCUCCCGAUUGGGCAAUGUAAAAAUACACCAACGUCUACACACUUGA